UAAUGAGAAAACAUUUCCCAAAAACUAUAUUGCAGUGAAAAUAGGCAGAAGACAGAAAUCCACCGUCAGCAUGAAGGUUUUUUUGUUUCUUCUGGUCAUUUUGGCCGCACAUGCCAAGGUAUUUGAGAGAUGUGAACUAGCGAGAGCUCUAAAUGCUCGUGGCAUGAGUGGCUAUGUUGCCAGUCUGGGUGAUUGGGUUUGUCUAACACGAUGGGAGUCAAGCUACAAUACUGCAGCCACAAAUCAUAACACAGAUGGCUCAACAGACUACGGGAUUUUCCAGAUCAACAGUCGCUACUGGUGUCAUGAUGAUCACACCCCUGGCCGUACCAGCAAUGGCUGUGACAUCAACUGCUCACAGCUGCUGAGCAAUGACAUUUCUUUGUCUAUUAACUGUGCCAAGAUCAUAGCGAGACAGCAAGGCAUUUCUGCAUGGUACGGCUGGAAGAACCACUGCAAGAACCAAGAUGUGAGCCGAUAUAUCGCAGGAUGUGGACUUUAACUUUCACACUUUACUUCUUUGGGUCAAAUAAUGUUACUUUAUUUGCAAAGGUGUGAUUCACCAUAUUUUCUAUUUCUUCACCAUGCAUCAUUUCAAUUUACUACGCUAACCUAUAAUAAACUUUACUAGCUUGAAAUGAUACAGUAAAAAAACUUACUAUUAUUAGUAUUAUCUAUUAUGAACAAUUACAUUUCAUCUUAGAUUAUGUUUAAUAUAGAUAGUAUUAUGGUCUUACAUUUAAAACCUUUCAAAGAAUCAAACAGUGUAGAAAUCAAAAACUGUACUUUCCUCUUCACAGAACUGUAUAUUUACUUUAAAUGCACAAUAAAACUGUAUAAACAAA